AUGGAUCAACCAUUUGGCUUAAUCCGACAGAUUCAAAGGAGUAAGAGAUUCAUGCUAAAACUCCGAGCAAUUCGUAUCUUCGAAAAAUCAUUUGAUUCCAAUUAUCGAAGACAAUUGGAGAUCGUAUUUCAUGAUGAAGAGGGGACUCGCAUUAGUGGUAUUAUCCGUGGCAUUCAUUUAUCAAAGAUGGUGGGCUAUUUCCACGAAUGUGGCGUAUAUAAAAUCCAAAACUACUAUUUAGACAGCAACAUCGAUAAGUAUCGAUCUACUGCUGCAAAAUACAAACUCCUUACUCAUAGCGAUACAAAGGUUCUAGAAAUGCACGCAUACUUUCCUUCGUGGCAUUUUCAAUUCCGUAGCUUUGAUGACUUUCAAGAUGUUGAGAAUGUUAAUGAAUCUUAUCUUUUUGUGGAAUUGUUAUUCAAUCCACACUCUGGGGUCAUUAUGUUGACCAACUCAUUGCUUUUGAAACUCACUUUGAGUCCGAAGCAACUGGUGAACCGGGGUGCUAAUUAUGCAGCUUUGUUGGGUACGAUUUUGGGAAGGAUAAUAAGGUCACACUCGGGCUCACAGGGGCCAACGGCCCAAACAAAAAACACAGUACAUAGGCACACAGGCACACAGGCAAAGGCCCAACCCAAACACCAAUCUGCUGCACAAGUUAAGAAAAACAAAACAAAAGGCCCUUUCGCAGCAAAUCAGUCGGCUCUAACCAGUGGAGAACCACGAUAUCAAAGAAUAAUCCGAGUCUGGGAAUGGCUUCCGAAACUGCCACAAGCCUAUACAAGAAGUCUAACCCGAACACAAACCAAUCUCCGAAAUGACCCGCCUCGUCCUGAGGGACAACCGAUCCACACCCGCUCUAGCACCACCCGAGCACGCCUAACACCACUAGCCGAGCGUAGGAGCACUAAGACCCCGCCGUCUAACACCACUAGACUAAACAGGGAGGGGCGGCUCGGCCCUCAACUCCGAAUACUAUCAGAGCCCCGCCCCGCCUCUCGAACCACAAAUCAGCCAAAUCACCACAUACUACCCGGCAUCAUGGAUGGAAAACCCCCAACAGAGUCCUGCCGAAAAGCUGAACCUCCCGAGGCCCACCUUCUCAUAUGCACAAAUAAACAGAUUCAGCGCAUAAGUAAAAUUGGAAGAAGAAACACCUUCAAUCGAGACAGACGAGCACACGACGCCUCCUAUUGCAACCAAUUGAAGGCCAGAGAGCUCGUCGUCUCCUCCAAUUGCAACUUCACCUGCGAAACGAGGAAGGGCAGACCAACCGUUGCCACAAGCCCAUGGGCCAAGAAGAGUAAAUAUGUCACCAAUAGCAAAAUUGUUUUGAAGAGUGAAAUGGAAGAGCUAGAAAAUGGUGAUUUGGUUGUUAGUUCUGUAGAUUCUCUAUUUGACUCUGACGAGUGGUACCUCACAUGUAAUCGUUGCAAAGGCAAGAUGGCUGAUGAAGAUGGGAAAUUAAGGUACAAAAUUCGUUUGAUUGUGUCGGAUGCAACAUCAAGUGCAACAUUCAUUUGUUGGGAUAUGGAAUCUGAAAAGAUUAUUGGAACACCAUGUGAGGUCUUGAGAAAUGAAUUUCUUUGCGAGCAUCCCAAUAGCUUUGAACUUCCUGAGGACGUGUCUAAUUUAGUGGGUAAGACGAUCCUUUUCAAGGUUCGUGUAUAUCCAAAAAAUCCAUUAGGGUAUGCUGCUUCAUUUCCAGUCGUAAGAGUUGUUGCUAACGAAACUUUAGUCUCCAUGUACAACCAAUGGUUCGUGGAGAAUGAGGAUGCAACUUUGGAUGAUGAGGUUUCUACACCAAUAAAGGUUUUUCAACCUAUCGAAAAGGGUGACACUUCCACAACAAAACGGAAGCUUCUGAAUGAUUUAUCCUCAACACCCAAUGUAGAUCAAUCUGGUGGGUCGACAAAUGCCGAUAGAGGGAAGGGGAAGAUUGGGAAACUGGACCCCAGUGGAGUACAAUUUGAGGAUGUCACUGAAAAUUGA